AUGACUAAAUUUCAUAAAGCAAUACAAUAUGAUCAUCGAAUUGUAAUAAACGACCUUAAUUAUGGAAAUUUGCAAUUCUUGCAAUUUUUACACCAAUCAGAGCUUAAAACACCGCCCAUAAAAAGGAAAAGAAUUAAUGUGAUGAAUACAACAGCAGCAUCGUCUUCUUCCACUAUUAAUUCGAUGAAUUUUGAUUUUGCCUCAGGCUCUAGAUCAUCAUUUCAUGAUUCGCUGCAAUCUGAUGAUCAUCUGCAAAGAUUGGCUCAAAUGGCUCAAGGUGUAGGUCAUAAUAAAUCUGAAAAUAGUGAUGAUAUUAAUUCUGCGCAUGUUGAUCAAUCAUUAUAUCAAUCUGCUGCAGCAGCCUAUGUACAUCAAUACGGAAAUUGGCCAAAUGCGUAUUAUCAGCAAUUUGGCCAGCCAAUGAAUCCCGCAGCGGCAGCAGCUGCAUUUACUGCUUGGCCACCACAGUGCUACGCUCCGCCGCAUUGGCCAAAUUAUGCUCAAUCAAAAAAAGGUCGACAAACAUAUCAACGCUAUCAAACAUCAGUACUUGAAAGCAAAUUCCAACAAAGCAGUUAUGUUAGCAAGAAACAACGCGAAGAAUUACGACUUCAAACAAAUUUAAGCGAUCGACAAAUUAAAAUAUGGUUUCAAAAUAGGCGAAUGAAAGCAAAAAAAGAGAAAAAUCGAACAGAAGAGCAAAAUUGUGAACAUUCUGCUUUAUUGCCCGCUAAUCCACCUAAAAAUUUAAUUGAUAAUGAUAAUAAUGAUAAUAAAAAAUCAGCUACAUGGUGUAUACCUCCAUCACAAAACUGGAUUAAUACGGCUCAUCCACCACCACCACCACCGCCACCUCAUCAUUCAUCAUAUAUUCAAUAUCCUAUUUAUAGAAAAAGAGGCAGACAAACUCGAGAACAAACUCUCGAACUCGAAAAAGAAUUUCAUUAUAAUAAAUAUUUAACAAGAAGACGUCGGAUUGAAUUAAAUAGAACAAUUGGACUUAGUGAACGACAAAUUAAAAUUUGGUUUCAAAAUCGAAGAAUGAAAAAGAAAAAAGAAGAAAAAAAUCGUGGAAAUGUUAAUGAAGAGCACAGGAAUAUUUUAUAA